AUGCGCUAUCUCGCCAUCCUUCCUCUGAUUGCUUCGGCUUCGCGCCUUGCGGUUGCCAUCCCUGCCGAUACCGCUGCUGUCCGAGCGGCCUCUACCGCGGACGACGAUAUUGACACCGUCAAGGAGCGCAGGUUUGCCACUAUUGUCGGCGCGACUACCGGCGCAACCUCGAUCCAAACUUGGCUCUCUACCCAGUCUGCGGACGGCUCUUGGCCUGAUGUCGACUAUACUACUGGCUGUAACGCCCCGACCGCCAAUUGGAAAGCGGAAACGCACUGGUCCCGCAUAUUGACAUUCUCUGCGGGUUGGCACGGCGGUUUCAAGAACGCCGCCCAGUGGACACAGGACUCAACGAUCCGCGCGGCGAUUUCGUCGGCCAUGAACUUCUGGUUCGAGAACGACUUUCCGAUUCCCGCUUGCCUUGACCAAGGCGGCACCGAUGCAUGCCCGUGUGGGUCCCCGGGCUGUGGAAUACGAACUGGUUCAGUCGUCGGAAUCCCGACCUCCGUCGGUGAAGCAUGUCUGCUCUUGGGCGACUCUUUGAUAGCCACUGAACUCGAUAAUUGCGUCAAGUUCACCUCGAGGUCUUUCGCCACCUUCGAUACAGGCAUCGUCGGUGUCUCGAACAUCACCGGCGCGAACCUGCAAGACAUCGCUAGCAUCGGCAUCGAUCAAGGUCUUCUUCAGGGGAACGUCUCGCUCGUCUCUGCCGGCUUCGACCACGUGCAUUCCGAUGCUCUCAUCCAGAAUGGUACCAAGGCCGACGGUAUCAGAGCGGACGGCUCCUUUGGGCAGCAUGCCGGAAUUAUUUAUAAUGGCAAUUAUGGGAAAGACUACGAAAAUGAUUUGUUCUCCUUCGAAAUUGAAGCCGCAGGAACCCAGUUCCAGGCCAGCGACGCCGCAAGGUCAUCUUUGGAGACAUUGGUGGAUGCCAUUCAGUGGAUGAUCUUCCGGAACGUCUUCACUAAUGUGCUGCACUGGGAUUUCAGCGUGCUGGGCAGGUUGAUGACGGAUCCUGUCUCCGAUAACCACGCAUCGGCCAAUAUCAAGACCAAUCUUACCCAGAUACAAGUCAUCGGAGAGCUCUGGGAUUCGGACGUCUUCUCUGACGUCUUCAACAACCUGAACCUGAACACAACGACGGCGAACUCCGGAAAUCUUAUGGGAAGCCGUGUUUUCUUCGCCAACGAUUACUUUGUUCAGCGUGGACCUGGCUACGUUACCACUCUGCGUAUGUAUUCCAAGCGGACCCAGAACACCGAGUGCACCGCGUCCGCCAACAACUUCGGUUUCCACCUUGCGGACGGGACCGUAUACACCCACAUCAACGGCGACGAGUACGAAGACAUCGUGGCCGCCUGGGACUGGAACCUCAUUCCCGGUAUUACCGUCGACUACGGCGGCACCGUCCUCUCGUGUAGCAUGACGCGCAAGACAGGCACACAGACGAUGGUCGGUGGUGCGACCGACGGCACCGUCGCCGCGGUCGCGAUGCGGUACGAGAACCCGAUCAACAAGAGCCUGAACUGGCGCAAGACCUGGCUCUUCCUCGACGACGAUGUCCAGCUCGUCAUGGUCGCCCGCGUCUCGGUCACGAACACAUCAACGCCCGUGCUCUCCGUGCUCGACCAGCGCAAGCUCUCCGGUAGCGUUUUCGUCAACGGCGCCGCGUCCACUGGCGGAAACUUCUCGCACCCGAGCACCCUCUGGCAUGGGGGCGUGGGCUACGCCUUCAACACAUCGAACCCGGUCACGCUCACCGUCGACGCGUCGACGAAGACCGGCAACUGGAGCGCGAUCGGCGCGUCCUCCGCCGGCGCGAUCUCCGUCGACAUGUUCACCGCCUACCUCACGCACAACGACCUCUCCGCGUCCAUCGCCUACCUCGUCUUCCCGGGCACGACCGCGUCCUCGUUCGCGAGCAAGGCCGCCACGGCCGCGCAGACGCUCGCCGUCAUCCGCAACGACGGCUCGAUCUCCGCGCUGCUCGACGCCGCGCACGGCCCGACGGCGUACGGCGUCUUCUGGGACGCCACCGGGGGCGCGUUCACUGUGCCCGCCGCGGCCGCGGGGGGCGCGACGAUCAGGCUGACGUCGACGGGGAGCGCGAGCGUGAUCGUGCGGAUGGACAGCUGGGAGGUGACAGUCGCGGACCCGACGCAGCUGCUCGCCAGCCUCACGCUCACGUUCACGCUCGGCUCGGGCUCGGCGCCGGCGGGGUGGGGUACGGCGAAGACGAAGACGCUGAGCUUCACGUUGCCGUCGGGUGGGCUCGCGGGGGCGAGCGUCACGCAGACGCUGCCGAGCUCUAGUCUAUAG